AUCUAGAGACACCCACAUCACCCCCAUACAAAGGAGAGAGAAAUUAGAAGAGAAGAGAGAGAUAGAGGAACAGAGGGAGAGACACCUCCCACUUUCCUCAGAUUCAUCCAAAAAUUAUUCACAAUUUUUUUGUUUGCAUUACAUAAUACAGGAUCCAAACAACACCUAAGCUACUUCACCACCCUCCUUUUUUUUUUUUCUAACUUCCUUUCUUUUUCCAAACAAUUGUUUUUCCUAAAAGGCUACUCUCCAACAAAACCAUUAAAGAUAACCCUUUUAUUUUUUUUAUUUUUUUAUUUUUGUAUUUCUGAGUUCCAUUGAUGGAUCUUUCUUAACAACUCAAAGUUCUUAACUUUCCUUUUCAGGGUCUUGGUAACGUUAAAUUUCUCUCUUCAUUCUCCUUAAUUUGCCUGCAUUUUCAAAUUUUGGAGCUCAGAUUUUUGUGGGUUUCUUUUAAAUAGUUUCUAUUUAUACCCCAAAUCAUCAAUUUGUUUCAAAAUUUAGGAGAAUUUCUUUGAUUUUUUUAUUAUCAUUGUUGUGUUUCUUUCUUUGAAACCCUUUUUGAAUUUGAAGCAAAAUUAGAGGGAGAUUGAGGUGGUUUAGGGUUACUUUAAUUCAAAUUCUUGGCAAUCAGAUCUGACUUUAUACCCAUAUGUAUCACCUUUAUUGUUGAUAAAUUCUGUGGAAUUUUGGUGAUUCAUUUCUCUAAUUUAGCAACUUUAAGCUUUAUUGUUGUAUGUUCUUGGUGUUAGAUUAGGUAAUAAUCAUGGGAGUUACUUAUUCUGAAAGAUCUGUUAUUUUUUUGGUGUAGCAUUGUAAUUUCUGUAAAUUUUGUAUCUGGGGUUUCUGUUUUUAUGAUGUACUAUUUGAUAUUAAGUUUGUGAUGGGGAUCUAUAAUAUUGGGGGCUCUUCAUGGGAUGUGGGUUUGGUGAGUUUGGAUUGAAUUUACAUGAUAUUAUUCAGUUAAAGAAUUCAUCAUGUUGAAGCAAAUUCUUAGCAAGAUUCCUAGGAAGCCCUUUAAAUCUGAUAAUGGAGAACCUAUAUUGAACAACAAUUUGAAUGGCUCGGGCAAUGGCACUCCGAGGGCACGGAAUGGCAAUGCUGCUUCGGGCAAAGCGAAUGCCACGAAGCGCACGUCUUCUGCUGUGUUCCCGACGAGUGUGGUUGCCGGAAUUGAGCCCCUUGUGUCUUUCAAGGAUGUGCCUAAUUCGGAGAAGAUGAAUUUGUUUUUGAGUAAGUUGAAUCUUUGCUGUGUGACAUUCGACUUCUAUGACCCUAGUAAGAACACUUCAGAGAAGGAUAUUAAGCGGGAAACCCUGAUUGAACUCGUUGAUUUUGUUGCUGUGGGGCCGCCUUCAAAGUUCCCCGAGCCUGCUAUCUUUGCCAUGUGUAGGAUGUGUUCUGUUAAUCUAUUUCGGGUCUUCCCACCGAAUUAUAGGUCUGGUGGAGGUGGUGCUGAAAAUGAUGAUGAUGAACCCAUGUUUGAUCCUUCUUGGACACACCUGCAAAUUGUUUAUGAUUUGCUGCUUAAGUUUAUUACUUCACCAUCACUUGAUGCAAAGGUAGCAAAAAAAUACAUAGACCACUCAUUCAUAGUGAAGGUGCUUGAUCUCUUUGAUUCCGAGGAUCCUCGGGAAAGAGAAUGUCUCAAGACUAUCCUUCAUAGGGUCUAUGGUAAAUUCAUGGUCCACAGACCAUAUAUUCGGAAGGCUAUGAGCAAUAUAUUCUACCGGUUUGUGUUUGAGACUGAGAAACAUAAUGGAAUUGCAGAACUGUUGGAAAUCUUUGGGAGUGUUAUUAGUGGGUUUGCCUUGCCCUUGAAAGAGGAGCACAAGAUACUUUUGUGGAGAGCUUUGAUUCCUCUGCAUAAACCAAAAUCUCUGGGUGUCUACUUUCAGCAGCUGUCGUACUGCAUUACGCAGUUUAUAGAUAAGGAACCAAAGGUAACGAGCACCGUGAUAAAAGGUUUGCUAAAGUACUGGCCAAUUACAAACAGCCAGAAGGAGGUUAUGUUCUUGGGUGAGUUGGAAGAGAUAUUGGAAGCCACCAACAUGCUUGAAUUCCAAAAGAUCAUGAUUCCAUUGUUUUCACGGAUUGCGUGUUGUAUCAACAGCUAUCACUUUCAGGUGGCUGAAAGGUCGCUGUUUCUAUGGAACAAUGAUCAAAUCCUUAACCUAAUUGGACACAACCGUGGGGUGAUACUUCCCAUAAUCUUCCCAGCCUUGGAGAGGAAUACUCAGAGCCAUUGGAACCAGGCAGUGCUCAACCUAACCUUGAAUGUCAGAAAAAUCUUUCAGGAAAUGGAUGAGCCGCUCUUUCUCGAGUGUCAAAUGCAGUACAGGGAAGAUGAGGCAAAGCUAUCUGUAAUAGCAGAGCAGCGGAAAGAGAAUUGGGAACGCCUAGAGAAUGCCGCUGCCCGUCUCCAGCCGAUAACAGGAAACAUCGCUGUUCUUGUAACGCCUUCAGUCGCCUGCUAGUCUGAUUUGGUAAAACUUAAAAUCUGUACUUGUGUAGUAGUUUGGUUCUCUUUUCUACUUGUUUUUGACCUCAUCCUUUCUUCGUUAUGGGUUUGGAAGUGUUGUUUAGUUUGGGGGGAGAACCAGAAGGAAAUGUAUGAGAAGUGUAAAGGCUAUUUUUCACAUGGGCACUUUUUUAAUGGAUUGCCCAAGUGAGUAGGGUCUGUUGCUGUAAUUUGUUUUUGAUGAUCUUGUGAUGCUUUCUCUUUGAUGUCAA